CACGCGCUUUUCCGUCUUGACCUUGCACUCUGAACAACUUGAAUGAACUGAAUAAAUAACGUAAAACUGUGUAGUAACGUAGUUCGGUAGAAGUAACUAGCAGUAGAAGGAAAAUCAUUUGAUAUUUCCUCCAUUUUACUCUCUUUGUAUUGUUUGUAUUAAAAUAAGUGUACUUUUCACAUUAAUUGCAAUUGCUUAUCUGCAACUUAUUAUUAAAUUUCAGGCUUCACUUCAGAGAAAUGGAUCAUAAAUCGGAGAACAAAAGAGACAAAGCUGCAGAGCAGCUCAGUGAUUUUAAGAAUGCUCAACAAGGGCAGUCAAAUUUGAUGACAACUGCUACAGGAUGUCCGAUAGGAGAUAAAUUGAAUGCCCAAACAGUGGGUCCUCGUGGACCCAUGCUGCUACAGGAUGUUGUCUAUCUGGAAGAAAUGGCUCAUUUUGACAGGGAGAGAAUACCAGAACGUGUUGUACAUGCCAAAGGAACUGGGGCUUUUGGGUAUUUUGAAGUUACCCAUGAUAUCAGAAAAUACUGCAAAGCUAAGUUGUUCAACCAGAUUGGAAAACGAACCCCAAUAGCUGUCCGUUUCUCUACUGUUGGUGGUGAAAGUGGAUCAGCAGACACUGUGAGAGAUCCUAGAGGAUUUUCCUUAAAGUUUUACACUGAAGAAGGAAACUGGGAUUUAGUAGGCAAUAACACACCAAUAUUUUUUAUCCGUGACCCAAUGCUUUUUCCUAGUUUUAUCCAUACUCAGAAACGUAAUCCUAUGACUCACCUGAAGGAUGUUGACAUGUUUUGGGACUUCAUCACUUUGCGUCCAGAAAGCACUCACCAGGUGUCGUUUCUGUUUUCUGAUCGUGGUAUCCCAGAUGGCCACCGUCACAUGAAUGGAUAUGGCUCACAUACAUUUAAACUUGUGAACUCUGAUGGAGAAGCUGUUUAUUGCAAAUUCCACUACAAGACAGAUCAAGGAAUUAAAAAUUUGCCUGUAGAAAAAGCAGCUGAAUUGUCUGCACGUGAUCCUGACUAUUCCAUCCGGGAUAUGUAUAAUGCCAUAGCUGAAGGGAACUACCCAACAUGGACUUUUUACAUUCAAGUGAUGACAUUCAAAGAAGCAGAGAGUUUUCGUUGGAACCCAUUUGAUCUGACAAAAGUGUGGCCUCAUUCAGAAUAUCCUUUAAUCCCAGUGGGAAAAAUGGUCCUUAAUCGAAACCCCAAAAACUAUUUUGCAGAGGUGGAACAGUUGGCUUUCUGUCCUGCACACCUAGUGCCUGGUAUUGAACCCAGUCCUGACAAGAUGCUUCAGGGACGACUUUUUUCUUAUUCAGACACUCAUCGUCACAGAUUGGGACCAAACUAUCUUCAAAUCCCAGUGAAUUGCCCAUACCGAGCUCGAACAUUCAACUAUCAACGAGAUGGUCCCCAAACAGUCAACAAUAACCAAGAAGGGGCACCAAAUUACUAUCCCAACAGCUUCAGUGGACCCCAAGAUUACAAGAUCUUCAAGGAAUGCAAAUGUUGGGCUUCUGGAGAUGUGGAUCGCUUUAACAGUGCUGAUGAUGAUAAUUAUUCUCAAGUUGGGAUUUUCUGGAACAAAGUCCUUAAACCAGAUGAGCGGGAUCGCUUGGUAAAGAACAUUGUUAAUCAUUUAAAAGAUGCACAGGAGUUCAUUCAGGAGAGGGCUGUGAAGAAUUUUAGCCAGGUUGAUCCUGAGUGUGGACGGAGGAUAAAAGAAGGCCUUGAUGCUAUUAAACAAGCAACUCGUGUGGGAUUAUUUGGCCGCUUAUAAAUUUGCACAGUCUUACUGACUUUGCCAUCAUUUACAUAAAGAAUAUGAUUUUUUCUACUGAACUUACAGUUUAUGGAUCAGAAUUGUAUUAAGCUUAAUAUAUUAAUAGUACAGCUAAAAAAUAAGCAGCACAAAGGUUUGCCUAUAGCUAAUGUUAAAAGAUAAGGGAUCUUUAAUAGUUAUUUACAAAAUACAAAACUUGGAAUUACAGUUUUUGUGAAUUUAUUAUCCACUUAAAUAAUAAAAUGAGGUAUAUAAAGAUUUAUGUACACCUGGAAAUACUAAAAAUUUAUUUCAAGUACAAAUAUUGACAUUUUA